AUUUUAUUGGCUUUCAAAGCUGUGUCCUACAAAGUCUGGCCUGGGAUAGGCCAUAUCAUUGAAGAACAAAAUGAUACUGAGCAGGGAAGAGCUGGAAAAGCUGAAGUAUGGUGAACUCCAAAAAAAGGCCAAGGCACUUGGAAUAAAAGCAAACAAGAAAGCUGAGCAACUCAUUGAAGAAAUCAUUUCUGCAAUAUCACAAGGUCAUUCCCAACUGAAAAGCGAUGAAGAUGGAUAUGCCUCCCAGGCCAGUCUCACCUCAGAAGUCGAUUCAACAGUUGGAGAGGAUUCCAAAGCUGAUUGCAAGGAUCAGCCCGCCUCCGGCAUUGACGAGGUUUCCCCUUCCCUCAUACAUGCUGUAGGAGAUAGCCAAGCUAGACCUCUCAGAGACUGGGAUCAAUAUGCCUCUGCAAGAAAUGAGACGUAUGUUCCCUUCACAUCUACUAGACAGAAUCAGCCCUCUGCUUCUGAAGCGUCAGUUGUCUCUCUCCCCCAUCCUGAUUCUCUAGUUGAAGGUGAUGAGGCCAUAACUAAUAUUUUGCCUGAAGACCGCCCCCAAUCACAGGUUGAGAACUCUGACCAGAUCAGCUCUUCUCUUCCAUCUCCUGAUGAAUCCAUGCCUGGUUCUUUGAUCAGUGAAGAUGAGGGUGAAGAACAGCCAAGAACAAAAAAGCGGAAGGGGAAAACAAAAGGAGGGUCAGAGAAGAGAUGUGGUAUUGAACCAGACUACUUUUGCUUGUGUCUUGUGAAUGGAGAAUCCAGAAUCUGUUCAUCUUCGAUCAGUGAAGAUGAUGAUGCCAAAGAACAGCCAAAGGAAAAGAAAGUGAAAGGGAAAACAAAAGGAGGAUCAAAGAAAAGGCCUGGCUCAUCUCUGAUCACUGAGGAUGAAAGCACUGAUGAGCAGUCAAUAGAGAAAAGUGGAAGAAAAUCUAGUUCUCGGGGAAGAUCAAAGAAGAGGAAACUUCAAAGUGGUGAACCUGAAAUAUCUGAGAGUGCCCUUCAAGGAAUUACAGGGUCCCCUCCUGAAGUGGCACUUGCACUUCCCUCUAGUGACCAGCCAACACAAGGAAGUGGAACAAGAAAAAGGUCAAGACCUUUGUCUAGCAAGAAAGCAGUCACAUCUAGCAAAAACAGGGAUUCCACUGUUGAGAAGCAAAUGGAGGCAGACAAGAAUCGCAAAAAGCCUGGUUCAGUGCAAAAGGGAAAGCUUUCAACACAGAAAGGACUGCACCCACAUCUAGGCAAGAGUGGAAUCCCACGAUUGAACUCCAAGCCAAGAGUGUCAAAGGUGAAAGCUCCUCCAAAUUUCAAGCUUAUUCACCAGAAAGCUCAGGAGAAAAUGGAGUCCAUUGAUGUAUACAUGAAGCGCAAGCAGGAGAAGCACCAAUCAUUGACAAAGUUCACUCCCAAAGUCAUGGUACGAAACCUAGGUGCUUCGCAAGGACCAAUAAAGUUUAACAUGGAAUUGAAAGGAUCAGCAUUCAAGUUUGGGGAUGGAAAGAAUCCAUUCACUCCCUCAAAGCUGGCAAGAUCGGGUGAGAGCAAGAAGUCAGUUAGGCCUACCAAUCUGAAUGUCACAACUGUUCUGGGAAAUGAUGCAUCCAUGAAUCUGGAAACAUCAGUGGCAAGCAUAAAUCAGACUUUCACAUGUGUCCCUGCAAAAAAACUGACCAAGAAGAUGGAAAUGGCUUUGAAGCUCCCAGGAAACAGAGUGGGUGCAUCAAAGAUGCGUGUCAGAGAGCAAAUUAGCAUUGCCAGGCACAUGGCAAGAUUGAAGGCCCGGAAGAACGUUGUUCCCAGUACUCCUGAUGGGAAGCAAUGGCGAUUCUGAAUUUCCAUCAUUGGACUCCUGAUGUACAGUGCCACAUAUUGUAUUCCACUUCAGUUUGGCAGAAAAAUUGUUCCUGUUUUUCUUUGCUUGCUUAUUAUAUUCUGCUCUUCCUGAGGAACACAGACAACAUUGAAGAAUGCAGGACCUCACCCAUCUUUAACAUUUGGGUCUCUAUGGCAGAGAUAUCCUUGGCAUCAUUGACCCUUUGCAGUCAAAUUUUCAAUAGCAUACCCA